AUGUCUUCAGGCAUAACUGGUGUUUUGAAUAGAGUAAAUGGACAGCUACUGUCGUUUGUAUCUGUGCUACCAUCCAGCAAUGCUACUGCUGCUCCCAAUGUAUGCAACAAUGCUGUUGUGCUAAUCCCUGGACUCACAGACGGGAUGAUGUCAAUGUGCUAUACCAAAUCUCUCAAUGCUGCACUACUCUCCAUUGACUACUCCCUGGUCCAGUUAAACCUAUCAAGCUCUUUCUAUCAGUUUGGCUUUCAGGACUUGGAGCAAGAUAAAAGUGAUAUCCAGGACAUUUUAAAUUUUUUAAAAAGAGAGUACAAGUUUGAUAAAAUCAUCCUCUGCGGUCAUUCAACUGGAUGUCAGGACAUACUGUACCUGCUCAGAUAUGGAGAAGUCUCUCGAUUGAUCGACGGGGUCAUACUACAAGGAGGAGUCAGCGACAGAGAUGAUAUAUUAAGCACUGAAGAUGGUCCUGCCAUGAUAGCUGAAGCAGAGAAAUUAAAGAGUGAAAAUAAAGCGGAAUAUUUCGUAACGUACAAACACUGUGAUGCUCCAAUAACUGCCUCUCGGUUGCUAAGUCUUGCCGGUAGACUAACAAAAGAUGACAUGUUUUCCGUUGAUCUUACAAAGGAAGAAUUAGCCCCAAUACUACAGCCUGUCACAGUUCCUAUACUUAUUGUAUACAGCAGUGAGGACGAGUAUGUACCAGAUAAAGAAGGACAAAGAGCUUUUGCUGAUCGAAUGGUUGAAGUUUUGAAAAGCACAAGCCCUUCAGUGCAGCUGGAGUAUAUUGAAGGUGCAGACCACGGUCUCUCAACUGGAGGGGAAGCAUUUGUACAACUUGUUACGGACUUCAUUAAAAAACAAUUUUGA